UGCAUACCACAUAAAAUGAUCGAAUCAUUUUCAUUUUUGAAAACUUUAGAAAUAUACCAUAAAAAAUGCGAUGUUCUUCUCUCUCGUAUACAGAACGACGACGUCGCAAACAUAUUAGUAUUGUACCCUUGCACAUAACCGUCUCUAUAUAUAGUGUGUACCAUUGGCCUUGCAGUUAAAUUCAUAUCGAAGAAAACUCAAUUAGAGCUGUCAAGGGUUAAAGAUCUCCUCUUGUUUCCUUACUCAUUUAUUCGAUAGUCUCAUUCAACUCGAGAGAUCAUUCACAAAACGAUCAAAAUGGCUCUAAACGUAUUGGCAUUUACAUUUGGAAUCAUGGGUAAGUAUAUAAUAAGCUUUCAUCAACAAACACCAAACUUAUCAUAUACAAUAUAUACAUGUUAAUAUACGUACAUGUCCAUUUUCACUCAUGUUAUCAAUGCUAUAUGCAUUUUUGUAGGCAACAUCAUAUCGUUCAUCGUGUUCUUGGCACCAGUGCCAACUUUUGUUAGGAUCUGCAAGAAAAAAUCGACAGAAGGCUUUCAAUCACUUCCCUAUGUGUCAGCGCUCUUUAGUGCGAUGCUAUGGAUUUACUACGCUAUGCAAAAAGAUGGAUCAGGCUUCCUCCUGAUUACCAUAAACUCUGUGGGAUGUUUUAUCGAAACCAUCUACAUUGUCCUCUUCAUAACAUAUGCUAACAAGAAAGCAAGAAUAUCAACUUUGAAGGUUCUUGGGCUCUUGAAUUUCUUGGGGUUUGCCGCUAUUAUUCUUGUAUGUGAGCUAUUGACCAAAGGAUCAAACCGUGAGAAAGUCCUUGGAGGGAUUUGCGUCGGAUUUUCCGUUUGCGUCUUCGCAGCUCCUUUGAGCAUCAUGAGAGUGGUGAUACGAACAAAGAGUGUGGAGUUUAUGCCCUUCUCUCUAUCAUUGUUUCUUACCCUCAGUGCCAUUACAUGGCUCUUCUACGGUCUUGCUAUUAAAGACUUCUACGUUGCGCUUCCAAAUAUAAUGGGUGCGUUUCUCGGAGCAGUUCAAAUGAUUCUUUACAUCAUAUACAAGUACUACAAAGCUCCAAAAACUGAUGACACAGAGAAACCCGAAACGGUGUCGGAUCACUCAAUCGAUAUGGUCAAGCUUGCAUCAAAUCCACUUUCCGGUGAUUUGAAGGCUCCUCCUCAAAUUCCUGGUGGUGAUUUAGAGGGUCAGAUUGAAAAGGAAAUGGCAAACCAAAUCCAAGCCUAAGUAGUUUUUGUAUUAGUGAUUUUAUCGGUGUUGUACUGUUGAGUCGUGUUUCACUAUAGAUUGUAUUUGGCGCACUCUCUUUUUACUCACCAUAUUAUCUCGAAAUUAUAUUAUCCUUUAAAAAGUAUGUUUUUAGUUUUUUUUUUUUUUGAUAAACUCUACCUAUCGGCCUGAU